CAGUUUUACAUUCUAUUUUUUUUUCUUCUCACAACAUAAGAAAAAAAAGGGAAAUGUCACCGACUUAUUAGCUGCAGUUCUGUGCCACCCAGUGUGCCGCCGGACUGCGAUGAUCGUGUCCAACGUGAGCCUGAGCGGGUGCGCGGGGGUCAGCAGUGCGCUGUGCGCCGCAGCCGGGGAAGGCCACCUGAGGGGAGGCUCGCACCGGAACACCCUCACGCCGACGGGGCACCUGGUGGUGGCGGUGUGCCUGGGCUUCAUCGGCACUUUGGGACUUAUUAACAACUCGCUGGUGCUCGUGCUCUUCUGCCGCUACAAGAUGCUGCGGUCGCCCAUCAACCUGCUGCUGAUUAACAUUUCCAUCAGCGACCUGCUGGUGUGCGUCCUGGGCACCCCGUUCAGCUUCGCCGCCAGCACGCAGGGAAGGUGGCUCAUAGGAGAAGGCGGGUGCGUGUGGUACGGCUUUGCCAACUCCCUCUUCGGCAUCGUCUCCCUGAUCUCCCUGGCUGUCCUCUCCUAUGAGCGCUACAGCACCAUGGUGGCGCCCACUGAGGCGGACUCUUCCAACUACCACAAGAUCUCCCUGGGGAUCACCUUGUCCUGGGUCUACUCCCUCAUCUGGACUGCGCCGCCUCUAUUUGGCUGGAACCACUACGGCCCGGAGGGUCCUGGGACCACCUGCUCCGUCGACUGGACCGCCAAAACAGCUAACAGCAUCUCGUACAUCGUGUGUCUCUUUGUCUUCUGCCUCAUUGUGCCGUUCCUGGUGAUCGUGUUCUGCUACGGGAAGCUUCUGUGUGCCAUCAGACAGGUGAGCGGGAUCAACCCGUCCCUGAGCAGGAAGCGCGAGCAGCGCGUGUUGUUCAUGGUGGUGAUCAUGGUGGUCUGCUACCUCUUGUGCUGGCUGCCCUACGGCAUCAUGGCCCUGAUGGCCACCUUCGGGCCGCCGGGGCUGAUCACGCCCGUGGCCAGCAUCGUCCCCUCGGUGCUGGCCAAGACGAGCACGGUCAUCAACCCGGUGAUCUACGUCUUCAUGAAUAAGCAGUUCUACAGGUGUUUCAAAGCCCUACUGCGCUGUGAGGCCCCCCGACCGAGCUCCAGCUUAAAGAGCUCCUCCAAAGUCCCCACCAACGCCAUGAGGGCUGCAGCCGUUACUGGACCCCGUCGCACCAACAACUUCCUGUUCAUGGUAGCCUCCCUGGGUCGUCCGGUCGCCACCAUUCCCCAACUGGGCCCCUCGGUGGAACCAACCAUUGACGUCACCAGAGGCCCCUCUUCAGACAACAACAAACCUGUCAUAGUAUCACUUGUGGCUCAAUGUGAUGGCUGAUGAAUGGCUAUGAGCAUGAAAUCCCAAAGUCCCCGACGAGGAAGUAAUUCAUGAUGAGAGUUGCUGUGCUGCGAGGCCUGGAGACCAGUCGCCUGCAGGAACAGGUGGAUUUAAAGCAUUGGCUUGGCUAGUAGACAUGAUGGGGCCCUAACGAAAGACCAACCUUUGACUGAUUUCACCAUUUUUGGAGAUUUUGGUCAGACUUGUAAUAGAAGAUAGUAGGGCUCAUUAAUAAUGUGCAAUAUCUAUGGUUUGGUAACGCAUUCACUUUGGCAUAACGGUGUGUCUGGAGUAUAGGAAGAGAGAAACAAUGUAUUUUUUGUAUACAAGGUGGGGUUGAAGAAUGGAAGCUGUUUAUUACCCUUCAAAAUUAAAAGUAAUUUGUGGAAACAAUUAAAAAGAUGCCAAAGUUCAGGAAAGUACUGAUAGACAAUUUGUCAUAGUUUUUAGCUCUCAUUCUCUGCCACCAAUCCAAUUAAUCAAAUUGCAUACUUGUCACUUUGAAAUGCAUUGGCGGUGUUCAUAUAUAAUCAUUGUUACCAUGCUAGCUGCAUUCAAAUUGGUUCAGGAAAAAUGACUCAACACUGAGCUCUAAAUGUUGAAGUUACUGUUUAGUUCCUUCAAUAUCUUUGUGCAUGUUGACAUUUGCGAUAUCAUAUGAGAAUGAGUCGUGAGAAAAUACAGUAUCUGGUUAUUUGAAUCAUCAAAAUACAGAUACUUGGUAUCUGUAAAAAAACAAUACAACAACGUAUGCCGCCGCUGGAUUUUUCAGACUGACAUUUCCAUUUGUACUUAAAGUUGUGUAACAAUUUUUUCAACCGUGCUGAAUUAGAUUAAAGCCAAAGCGUAGUGCGCACUAAAUGUAAAAAAAAACAAAAAAACAAACCCCAUGUCCCUGGAACAUUAACGUGCGAGUUGUCUUCAAACAUCCGUAACGACGAUGAGCAGUUCAGUGCCUUGUACGCACAUCGCGGUCGGCAGAGCACGUGGACGAGCGUCAGCAGCAGCUUUCAACAUAAUUGCUUUAAAUACUGACUGAAAAGAGGAAAUGAUUUUUCAAGCGUUUCAACAGAUUUCAUCGAGGGAUCAAGUCUUUCUGAUGGAAGUGGAGUUACUCUGUGUGUGUGUGUGUAUAUAUAGGUUGUCGUGUGCUUGUCUGCAUUUUGUAAACAUUUUUUAAAUCUGAUUUGACACAUUAUUAUGAAGAUAGUUUCACAAUCUGUGCAUCAAUGCUGUGUUCAGUGGCCGUCUAAGCGAUAAGUGCAUAGAUCACAAUGUUUCACUUUUUUGUAAUUCCCCUUUAGCCACUGUUUUAUAAGUGCAGUCAAGAUCGUGUAUACGUUGAUGUACAUUAAUUGACACCAAAGCGAAAUCUGAAUA